AUGUGUGGUAUCUUUGGCUACUUGAAUUACCUCGUCCCCAAGACUCGUGGUGAAAUUCUCAACACCCUCAUUGAAGGCCUCCAGCGCCAGGAGUACCGUGGCUACGACUCUGCUGGUCUCGCUAUUGAUGGUGCCCUCCUUCCCAAUGGUGACCGUGAAGUCAGCAUCUAUCGCCAAGUCGGCAAGGUCCAGGCCCUUAAGGAGAAAAUCGAAGCUUCUAACCCAGACGUUGACGAGGUCCUUGAAAACCAUGUUGGCAUUGCCCACACUCGCUGGGCUACCCACGGUGAACCUAAAACCAUCAACUGCCACCCCCAGCGAUCCGAUCCUAACAAUGAGUUCACUGUUGUCCACAAUGGUAUUAUUACAAACUAUAAGGAAGUCAAGGCGUUCCUGGAAUCGCGCAACUACAUUUUCGAGUCGGAAACUGAUACAGAAGCCAUUGCAAAGCUCACCAAAUUUAUCUACGAUACUACUGACAAGGUGGACUUUUCACAGCUUUUGAAGCUCGUCGUCAAGGAGCUUGAGGGUGCCUACGGUCUUAUCAUCAAAUCCACUCACUACCCCCACGAGCUCGUCGCCACCCGCAAGGGCUCCCCCCUGCUUGUCGGCGUUAAGACUGAAAAGAAGCUUAAGGUUGACUUUGUCGAUGUGGAGUUUGGCGACGCUUCGGAAGCUCUUCAAAACUCUGGUACCCUCCUUUCUAGCGAUUCUGCACCAACCCUUACCAUUGCAGGAAGCAGCUCAAUUGCAGGUUCUAACCGCGCCUUGGGCAGUGCUGGUGGAUUGUCACCAUCAGCCGCUUCUUCAGCUGCUUCAGCUGCAGCAGCAGCCGCUAGAUCAUCGAACUCGCUGACUGUGCCUGGCAGACCCCUUGCCGAGAACCUGAGACACUCACAAUCACGUGCCUUUUUGUCUGAGGACGACCAACCCCUCCCUAUUGAAUUUUUCCUCGCCUCAGACCCAGCUGCCGUUGUCGAGCACACCCGCAAGGUCCUUUUCCUUGAGGAUGACGAUAUUGCCCACAUUUACGACGGCGAGCUCCACAUUCACCGCGUUCGCAGAAAUGAGGACGACAAGCUUGUCCGCACCAUUGACACCCUCGAGCUCGAGCUCCAGCAAAUCAUGAAGGGCAAGUAUGACCACUACAUGCAGAAGGAAAUUUUCGAACAACCAGAGUCAGUCAUCAACACUAUGCGUGGCCGUAUCGACUUUGAAAAUAAUACUGUCCAGCUCGGAGGCCUGCGCUCUUGGCUUACCACCAUUCGCCGCUGCCGUCGCAUCAUUAUGAUUGCUUGCGGUACUUCAUAUCAUUCGUGCUUGGCCACCCGAUCCAUCUUUGAGGAGCUCACUGAAAUCCCCGUUUCCGUUGAGCUUGCCUCAGACUUUUUAGAUAGACGCUCUCCUGUUUUCCGUGACGAUACUUGUGUCUUUGUCUCGCAAUCUGGUGAAACUGCAGACACUAUGAAUGCUCUCCAAUACUGUCUUGACCGCGGCGCUCUUACUGUUGGUAUCGUCAACUCAGUUGGUUCUUCUAUUUCCAGACAAACACACUGUGGUGUCCACAUCAACGCUGGUCCAGAAAUCGGUGUGGCCUCCACCAAGGCUUAUACUUCUCAGUACGUGGCUCUUGUUUUGAUGGCUCUUUCUCUUUCCGAUGACAGAGUCUCCAUGAUUGAGCGCCGCCGUGACAUUAUCCAAGGUCUUAAGAAUAUUUCAUCCCAGAUUCAAGAGGUUCUUAACUUGAAUGAUCGUAUUCUCAAGGAAGUUAUUGAAACUGACUUGCUUAACCAAAAGUCGCUGCUGCUCUUGGGCCGUGGUUAUCAAUUUGCCACAGCCCUGGAAGGUGCCCUUAAGAUUAAGGAAAUCUCAUAUAUGCACUCGGAAGGUGUUCUUGCCGGUGAACUGAAACAUGGUGUUCUUGCCCUUGUUGACAAGGAUCUGCCCAUUAUCAUUAUGGCUACUCGUGAUUCGUUAUUCCCCAAGGUUUCUUCGGCUAUUGAGCAAGUCACUGCCCGUAGCGGUAAGCCCUUUAUCAUCUGCAAUAAGGGUGAUGACUUUGGCAAGAACCUCAAGACCCUUGAGGUCCCCACCACUGUUGACUGUUUACAGGGUCUUCUCAAUGUUAUUCCCCUGCAGCUCAUGUCAUACUGGCUGGCAGUCAAGAAGGGUUAUAAUGUCGACUACCCCCGUAACUUGGCCAAGUCUGUUACUGUGGAGUAA